CAUGGAGGAUUUAGCGACUGGACGCAAUGGUCAGACUGCAGUAUGACGUGUGGAUAUGGGAAACGGCAAAGAUACAGGGAUUGUAAUAAUCCAUCUCCAGCUUUUGGUGGUAGAACAUGUUCUGGUAAUUUAGUGGAAGGUGACGAUUGUAUAGUUAGAAACUGUUCAAUAAACGGGGGGUUCUCGGAUUGGAGCACAUGGUCAGUAUGCUCAAAAACGUGUGGAGGAGGACUGAUGUUCAGAAAGCGAUCCUGCGAUGAUCCAUCUCCAGCUUUCGGUGGAUUAAACUGCACAGGCAAUUUUGUCGAAUCUGUCUUGUGUCAAAGUAAUCCAUGUCCAAUACAUGGGCAGUUUGGGCCAUGGGAGGAAUGGUCCCCUUGUUCCAGAUCAUGUAACGGUGGGACCCAAUCUAGAGUGAGGAAAUGUAAUAACCCGUAUCCACGAUAUGGAGGUCAGAAUUGUACGGGUGAUUUUUCUGAAAGUAAAAACUGUAACUUGUUUGAAUGCCCUAUUGAUGGCAGCUUUGGUGAAUGGGUCAGUUGGACAGAUUGCACUGUAAGUUGUGGCGGUGGACAAAAAUCGAGAACUCGGAUAUGUGAUUCACCGAGACCAUUAUUUGGAGGUAAAAAUUGCAGUGGUAAUUUUUCUGAAGAAACUGUAUGUAAUACUUUUCUCUGUCCCAUCGAUGGUUAUUUUGAUGAAUGGGAAGCUUGGACUGCUUGUUCCCGUACUUGUGGUGGGGGAAUUCAAACUAGAAAUCGGGUGUGUUCUGAUCCUAAACACGGAGGUCGUGCUUGUACUGGGCAUUUUGUAGAAUCCUUAAACUGUAACAUCCAAAACUGCCCCAUUGACGGAAAAUUUAGUGAAUGGGAAGCAUGGACACACUGCUCUCAAACUUGUGGAAAUGGAAUAAAGAAAAGAUCGAGAUAUUGUAAUAAGCCAAUACCAAUGUAUGGUGGUAAAAAUUGCAGUGGGGAAUAUACAGAAGAGAGUGUUUGUAACAUUCGACCAUGUCCUAUUGAUGGAAAAUUUGCAGACUGGAAUGAAUGGACAGAAUGCUCGCAAACCUGUGGAAGUGGAAGGCAAUAUCGUAGACGUACUUGCUCAAAUCCAUCUCCGCAGUAUGGCGGAAAUGAUUGUGUUGGAAAUUCCAUGGAGUCCAUGAAUUGUAACACAUUUUCCUGUCCUAUAAAUGGUAGUUUUUCCUCUUGGGGUGAUUGGAGUAGCUGCACUGCCAGUUGUGGCGGAGGAAUAUCAAAACGAGCAAGAAAAUGCAACAAUCCACCUCCUCAGUUUGGAGGUUAUAAUUGUUCGGGCGAAUUUGAAGAAUUAGUAUUGUGUAUGAAUAAUUCAUGUCCGAUAAACGGUGGAUUUGGUGAAUGGAGUGUCUGGUCUUCUUGCUCGAUAACUUGUGGUACAGGUGAACAAACUCGUCAAAGAUUUUGUGAUAAUCCAAAACCACAGUUUGGAGGAGAAAAUUGUUCAGGCAUAUUUGAAUAUAAAAAAGAUUGCAAUACGCAGCCAUGUCCUAUUGAUGGAAUGUUUGGUGACUGGCAAUCGUGGAAUAUAUGUCCAGUUACUUGUGGAGGUGGAAUAAGAAAUAGAACAAGAUUAUGUGACUCACCAGCUCCAUCCUUUGGAGGAAGAAACUGUGUUGGACAUAAUGUAGAAGAAUCCAAGUGUAAUGAAAAUCCUUGUCCUGUUGACGGAGGUUUUGCUGAAUGGAAUGAGUGGUCACAAUGCACUCGAAGUUGUGGCAGUGGUGUAAAGACUAGAAACAGAACAUGUGAUAAUCCUUUGCCGCAACAUGGUGGGGGGCCCUGUAUUGGACAUUUUAUUGAUUAUAAUAAUUGCAAUUUUCAACUGUGUCCAAUUGAUGGUGGUUUUAGUGAAUGGGGAUCCUGGUCAUCUUGUUCUGUGAGCUGCGCAGGAGGUAUCUCAGAGCGAUUACGCUUGUGCACGAAUCCAAUUCCAAGAUACGGGGGUAAAAAUUGCUCCGGGAAAUUUAAUGAAACAAGGAUAUGUCAAACAAAUUUAUGUCCGAUUGACGGUGGUUUUAAUGAAUGGAGCGCGUGGUCAACCUGCUCAAAAUCAUGUGGGCUAGGUUCGAAACAUCGAGAGAGGCAUUGUGAUAAACCACUACCAAAGUAUGGAGGAAAAAAUUGCAGUGGUUUAUUUUCCGAAAAUGAGUCCUGUAACAUUGGACCUUGUCCCAUUCAUGGUGGUUUUAGUAAUUGGGGAAUGUGGGGGGAUUGUUCCACUACAUGUGGUGGUGGUAAGAAAAUAAGAGAACGAAGAUGUAAUAACCCAGUGCCUGCUUUCGGAGGAAAUAACUGUACUGAAUCAUUUUCUGAGGAUAUUGAAUGUAACACAUUUUUUUGUCCGAUAGAUGGACAGUUUUCUGAAUGGAGUGAAUGGUCGAUUUGUUCUGUUAGUUGCAAUGUAGGAUCUAAAAAUCGAACACGUACCUGUUCCAAUCCACGUCCUAGAUACGGUGGAAAACCAUGCAAUGGACUUAGUACUGAAUAUGAUGUAUGCAACACUCAUCGAUGCCCCAUUGAUGGUGAAUUCACGGAAUGGGGAAGUUGGACGCCUUGUACAGUUACAUGUGGCGGAGGUUUAUCGAAUAGAACACGUUUUUGUGCAAACCCGAGACCUCAGUAUGGUGGCAAAAAUUGCACCGGAUUAUUCAGUGAAUCACAAAUGUGCAUGGAGAAUCCGUGUCCUAUCGAUGGUGGUUUCAGUGAAUGGAAUUUAUGGUCACAGUGUUCUACAUCAUGCGGUGGAGGAUUAAAAAUAAGAAAAAGGACAUGCAGUAACCCUUCCCCAAAAUACGGAGGUCUAAAUUGCACUGGACAGCAUAAGGAUACGGAAAACUGCAACACAUUACCGUGUCCAGUGGAUGGUGGAUUUGGAAAUUGGGAAUCUUGGUCUGUCUGCACCUCAAGUUGUGGAGGAGGCACUAAACGAAGAGAAAGGGAAUGUAAUUCACCUAUUCCGGCCCAUGGUGGAAGAAAUUGCGAUGGCAAUUAUUCUCAAGUAUUACAGUGUAAUGAAUUUCCAUGUCCAAUUAAUGGUGGAUUUACUGAAUGGACUGUUUGGUCUCAAUGUUCGCAAAGUUGUGGAGGAGGUGUGAAAACACGAUUAAGAACAUGCACCAACCCACCCCCACAACAUGGUGGAAGGCCAUGUAAUGGUCACUUUACUGAAUCUCUGAAUUGUAACGUUCAUCAGUGUCCUGUUGAUGGAAGUUUUUCACUUUGGGGUGCAUGGUCAUCAUGUUCUGUAACUUGUGGUGGAGGAAAAGCAAAAAGAUCCCGUUCAUGUUCAAAUCCAUCUCCUUUAUAUGGAGGUAAAAAUUGCAGUGGUGCCUUUGAAGAAUUUACAAACUGCAACACACAAUACUGUCCCAUCGACGGAAGAUAUAAUGAUUGGAGUAGUUGGUCAGCAUGUUCCUUAACGUGUGGAGGUGGCCUAAAGGCAAGAUCAAGGCGAUGCAAUAAUCCCUCGCCACAGUAUGGAGGAAAACAGUGCAGUGGCAGUGAUAAUGAAAGUUCAUCAUGCAAUGAACAGCCUUGCCCAAUAGAUGGUAAAUUCAGUGAAUGGGCAACAUGGUCGACAUGCUCAAGGACAUGUGGCGGUGGCACAAAAACAAAGUCACGCGAAUGUAAUAAUCCUAUUCCAGCAUUCGGUGGGGAAAACUGUACAGGGGCAUUCCACGAGUCUUCCGAUUGUAACACAUUCCCUUGUCCAAUUGACGGAGGACUAAGUAUGUGGAGCGAAUGGACAAUGUGCUCUGUUAGUUGUGGUGGAGGUAUUCAAUUAAGAAACAGGUCAUGUACAAAUCCUGUUCCACAAUAUGGUGGGUUGGAAUGUGAUGGUGAGAUGACACAAUCACUCUUUUGCAACACACAAGAGUGCCCUAUAGAUGGACAGUACUCCGACUGGGAGUCUUGGUCUUCCUGCUCUGUAUCCUGUGGAGGGGGUAAUACAACACGCAUUCGCAGUUGUAAUAACCCUCUUCCACAGUUUGGAGGAAAGACUUGUAUUGGUGAAUCUGAACAGACAAAGACUUGCAAUUCUGUUGAAUGCCCAAUAGAUGGAGGUUUCAGUGAAUGGAGUGUAUGGUCAGAAUGUUCCGUCACAUGUGGGGGAGGUACGUCACUCCGUAGAAGAAGCUGUUCGAAUCCAGCUCCACAAUACGGAGGUAAACAUUGCCUGGGAUCUACGAAUGAAACUAGAGUAUGCAACACAGAAAGCUGUUCAAUUUGUGCAAAUCCUAGUUCUGAAUUCGAAUGUCAUAACAAAGUAUACUGCGUUGAUAAAUCAUUUGUCUGUGAUGGCUACCCUGAUUGUACUGAUGAGAGUGAUGAAUCACAGCAGGCCUGCAAUCCCGAAGAAAGCAAAGUCGCAUUACCACCCUGUCCCGAAGGCUUGUUUAGAUGUCCUGAUUUGUCUUGUAAACAAAGUCAGUUUGAUUGCUAGUUCUCUUUAAAGGAGAACUUUUUAUAAUUGCGAAAAAGUUUAGUGAAUGAUUUUUGUGAAACUUUAUAUUGUAUAAACAUUUUAACUCACCUGAGCUGAAAGCUUAAGUGAACUUUGCUGAUCAACCGUUGUCCGUCUGUCUUUCUCUUAACUUUUCACAUUUUCAACUUCUUUUUGAGAACCACUGGGCCAAUUUUAACCAAACUUAGUUAGAAACAUCCUUGGAUAAAGGAAAUUUUAGAUUAUAGAAACGAAGGACAACGUCCUCUAGCAUGGGGAUAUAAUCAAGAAAGACAAAAAUAGGGGGUUUGAGUAAUUUAAAUUUUUUUCUCAGGAACUACUUCAGAAAAGCUGAAACUUUUGUGGAAACAUCCUGGUGUGGAGUAAUUUCUUAAUUGUUCAAAUCGUGACCCUUGGGGUAGGGUGGGGCCAAAAUAGGGAAGCAAAGUUUUACAUUGAUAUAUAUAUAGGAAAAAUCUUGAUAAAUCUUCUCAAGAACCACUGGUCCCGAAAACCUGAAACCGGAAGCAUUCUUGGGUAGUGUAGAUUCUAAAUUGUACAAAUCCUGGCCCAUGGGGGUAGGGUGUUUUCACAAUCGUUGUUAAAGAACAGCAUGAGCAAAGUUACUCAGGUGAGCGAUAUGGCCUAUGGUCCUCUUGUUUUUUUCAGAAUUUCUUGAAGAAGUAAUAUUUUGCUUUCAAUUUAAAACAAAGUCAGCUUUUAGUAUGCAUUCAUUUUUUUUUUAAAAAGUCAGAAGUAUCUUGUAUAAAAUGCAAGUUUCAUGUAAUUAUGACAUUUAUUUGUUUUAGUUUUGAAUUGUGUUCCAAACAAAACUUCUGAGUAGAUAGAAAUCAAGCGUUAUUUCUCCUGUAAUUACAUUUCUAGCUCUAAUGUUGGUAGGACAGUUUCCAAGCCAUAAACUGAGAACGGAUUUAAAUAAAACUUCCGAUGAUCAUUACUUAAUUUCAAUUUAAGAGCAUCUUUUGAAAAUUCAAAUGAAAAUAUAAAUAUUGUUUAAAUCAUCUUUAAAAUUACUUUACUAUGCUGUAAGCGUUUGAAAUUUUGACUUCAGUCUGAUUCUUUUAACCGAAUAGGUGCUGGUCAGUUAUUUUUUAGAAAUGCAUGUAUUCAAUGUUAACAAGAAUGUACAGUGCUAGUGUAAUUUGGAAUAACACUACACUAAAAAAAAAUUAUUAAUAAUAUUAUGUAAAUGUUUUUAUAGAUGAUUUAGCUAUAAAUACUUGAACAAUAGUAUUACAUGGAAACCUUACCAUAUUUUACUUCAAAUCUGUAAUCAAUACAAAUUUCAUCUGAUUAUCCAUAAAAUUUAUAGGCCUAUGGUAUGCAGGCACGGCUACUUAGUACACAAAGCUUAGGUUUUAUUCUGUUUCUUUAUAGCAUUAUGAUUUUGAUGAAUAGUUAUAUUUAAUAUCUUCCUAAAAUACUUCUUGGUUUUUAUAAAACAACUUUGUACAGGAUUAAAAAUGUAUCAAUUAACACAUGUACAUCAACCAACAGUGUGCACAUCUCCGGAAUUUUAAACAAAAGAAAUUUUUCGAAUUUGAAUUAAGCUUUUUUUCUACGACUACUAUUAACCAGUAGAGCUACAGUUUUCAAGCUGUGCAAGUUUUGUUUUAAUGAAUUAAAAUUCAGUAUAUAUA